ACUUAACAAGCGGAUAAUAACAAUAAUAUUUGUGAGCUAAUAAUAAUAGGUUAGUUGAACAAAUCUUGUCAAGUUUGUUGUGUUGAUAUUAAUUGAAAAAAAUUAAGCCCUGUAGCAGUAUGCAAAUGAUACAAAUUUCUGUCAAUAGCCUACUGGCGCUGUGCAGCUAACGAUUCAUUAAUAUUACUUGAAAUUAUAUCAGUGAUAUGUAUGUUAUUAACACACUCUGACAAACUUAUUUAUUUUAUAAAAGGUUUAUAAAAUCACUGUUUCUUUUCUUUGUCUCUUUGUUUCUCCCUUCUACCUCACCCAUUAAAGCAGUCCACUCACAGCUCUCCCCUUCUAAUUUGGAUUCCCUGAUAACCUGGGCACAGUAAUUACCCUAAUACACUCUGAAGUUACCACUGGCCUCCUUCUCUCAGAAGGUUACUCAUCUUGGGACUCUUGCCAUCCAGGACAAAUGGACGUCUCUGGCUCUACUUCCCUUUCCUCUUCCACAUCACCUUCAUACACCUUUCCCAUUCUUACUAACCUCUCCCUUCCCUCAUCCUCUCCCUCUCUCUCCCCAUCCCCAGGGGUAGCUUCCACUGCUCUCUUUUGCUUUUUCCUAUCCCUCCUUUCUCUACUGGGCAUUCUGGGCAACUUGUACACCCUAGGGCUUCUGAUUCGCCGCCGCAGGAUGUCAAGAAGGCGGCGUACCGCUCCUUCCUGUUGUUAUAGCCCUUCCUGCCUUGGCACCUCCUCCCCUUCUUUCUCUCCCUCCUCCUCUCCCACCUCGUCCUCCUCCUCUUCCUCCCUUCACCUGCAGGUUCUGAGUCUGGCUUUGGCAGACCUGGUGUACCUCUCCACUGCUCCCUUCAUUGUGUACGACAGCCUGGCAUCUGACUGGGCCUUCGGCGAACUAGGCUGUCGACUCCUACUCAGUCUGGACUUGCUCACCAUGCACGCAAGCAUCUUCACCCUCACUGCUAUGAGUCUGGAUAGGUAUCGAGCUGUGGCUGAUCCACUGGUAGCCUCGUCCACACCUUCCUCUGGUCUCCUGAGAGUCGCUUUGGCCUGGGGUUUUGCCGUGGCUCUCAGUUUGCCCAUGAUGAUCACUUUGCACCUUGAAGAUGGAGAGAACCAGGAAGGCAAGUUGUGCGUUCCCGCCUGGGAUGAGCAGAGUUCGAAAGCCUACCUCAGUGUACUCUUCUGCACCAGCAUCCUAGGCCCAGGGCUGGCCAUCGGAGCAUUGUAUGCAGCUUUGGGAAGACUCUACUGGGUAUCUCAGACUCAACCAGCUUGGGUCGGAGGAGGCAAUGCCUACCCGCCCCGUGCACCUCGCCCCAAAGUCCUGCUCCUCAUCCUGGGGAUUGUGCUGACAUUCUGGGCUUGUUUCCUUCCAUUCUGGAUCUGGCAGCUUCUACCAUUGUACCGGCCUGAGGUUCUGCGUGUGGUGCCGGUGGGCACGCAGGUGACCAUUAAUCGUAUCCUCACAGGGUUGACUUAUGGAAACUCGUGCGUGAAUCCCUUCUUCUACACACUGCUGACAGGCAAGCGCAGGCGGACCAGCAGGAAGGUGAUAAGUGCGGCCGCCCCACUCUGCCAGAAGGGCAGCUCUGAACAACAAUAACAGCUGCCUACUAUUAGUGCAACCCAUGACCAAUAAGACUGUGCAUAUAUUUUUAUUACACAGAUUACUAAUUUCGGUGCUAAAGGGCUUAUAGCUUUAUACGCUGUGCAAAUAUCUCUAAUCCAAGCCACUGAUGGUGUGUGCUCCCUGGACCCCUGUACAUAUAUAAUUAUAAUUAAUAUGAUCAGCAUUAUGGUCCCUGCAAACCAAAAUGAAAUACUAAGUGAUGAAAGUGUUUCUGAAAUCUUUAGGAUUUGUCACCUUUGACUAAGCAAUCAAUUCUGGUCAAACCGCUGUUAAAUACUAGUGGACAAAAAUGUGUGAAACAUCUGUUUAUAGGGCAACUUGAAAGGGACAAAACAAGCUUUGUCAGGAUUCAUGAAUCGCCCCAGGAUACACUAAAAGCAGGUGUGAAACAUUUAACUACCAAAUUGGUUUAAGUGCAAAGGAGAAAUUGCAUGGAUUUGGCUCAAAGCUAAAGGACUUGUCAGAGUUUGCUCUUUUGAGGAGGAUAAAUCACUUCUGUCGUGAAGCCAGGACACACAUUCUCUCAUUCUCCAAUAGGACAUUAUGUUCUCUAUGAGGUACUUCAUUAUACUCAACUAAAACAUUUUUUUUUUUUAGCCAACAGAUUUAUUACAAUCCUGACUUUGUGUAUUUAUUGGCACCUUAUUUGAAUCAUUUGGCUUUUUUAUUAUACCUGAUUAUGUUUUUAAAUUGAAUUAUGCAUUUUUAAACAAAAAUCUGAACCACUUUUAAAAAUAAAUUGUUUCCAGUAGCAUAUCUACACAAAUUUGUUCAAUCUUUGCCCCUAUUUAUGCAUGUUAAUAGACAAUGUCAGCCAGGGAAAUAUUUAUCUCUAAAAUUUUGAGAUCAAAUGUUCUAAAAAUCAUACUGUGUUUGAAAAAUUGCACCAAACCUGGACCCUUCAAAAAAUAUUUUUGAAAAGAUGUUUUUUUUUUUUAAUUGUUCCAUCUUACCUGUAUUAUAUUUGUUUUGAUUUACUGUUUAAAAUGCAUUGCUUUGCACAAGAAAGCUUGGCUGAAAGAAUUAUAAGUGAAAUCAUACAAUUGUCAAUAAAGAAAUAUUCUAUAAGAACAACAACAGAAUGGUUCAUGAGUCUUCUGGGAAGCUUUAGAAGACUUCCUGACACUGCCUAAAUGAUACUGCAGAAACGUGACACUGUAAAGGAGUACUGUCCUUAUUACAAUAGCAGAUGAGUGAAUUUUUCAGUGAAGAAAAUGAAGAGAGGGAAUGAAAGGGCACAGAGAUGGAGAAAUUAAUAAGAAAUGAAGAGAAAAACACAGAAAAGAACAAGAAAGAAGGAGAGAUUGAGACUGUACAAAUAAAAAAAUGAAAUAUGGUUUUCAUUCAGGAAGCAUUUAUUUAUGUGUCUGCAUUGGCCUGGACUAUGCUUUUGCUAGCAUUCACUUUUUUGUGGGUCUUGCAUGGGGUGUGUGUGUAUUGCACUGCAGUGCUUGGAUGUGACCGUAUUUUCAUUGGAUAAUAACAGCCUUAUUGAGUCUGUAUCAGCUUUUUGCACUUUCUGAAACUGACCCACAAAUGUUAGUGUGUGUGUUUCGACCUUCAUUUUUGAUUAGUAAAUUUUGUAAUGCAGUUUCUGACUUAUUGACAUCAUCAUAAACAAGUACAGAUUACCCAAAAUGGAGCCUUGUAUUUGCAAAGUGUACAAAUCAAGCGCAUUGUUGAAUGGCAGCACUGCAUUGGUUUGUGGUUGCCUGCUGCUCUGUGACGCACGUGAACAAAUAUUGUUUGACAGAGAACAGUAAAGAUUGUAGAUGUCUAUGUGUGUGUCACAUGGGUGUAUUUAGCCCCUUGGGCAUGCAUUAGGGUCCUGGCUGAUGUUUUUUGAGAUUAAACAAUACAAAGAAUAUAAAAUCAACAAUACACAAAUAACAACUAAAUAAUGUGACAAAUCCUGAGUUAGAUAAGCUGGGGGUUGUGAUUUCAUUGCGCUAUAUCAUAAAACACUGAUGUUCUUCUCAUUUGCUUUAAAUACAAGAUCCAUCCAGUCUCUAUAAUGUAGUUUGGAAAAACGCCAUCGAACAUGGGACUCCAUGAGGACCUGAUGUCUGCACCUCCCUCUCUCUUUUCAUUUUCCUUGGGCAUGUGUUUCCAUUUACCUGAGAAACAUUACAGCAUGUUGAAGGAGUAAUACUGUAUGUGUAUGUCCCUAACUCACGGUGCGAGACUGGUGAAAGUCAUAAAUGAUGUCCUGUUGCAUGAGAAUACAUAGCUUCAGUUUGUCCCACUGAUCCACACUGCACAAUCCUGUGAAAAAAAUUUUUGUAGUGCAUUUAAUGUCCGUUAUUUUAUAUUAAAUGAUAGUUCACCAUUUACUCACCUCUGUGUCGUUGCAACCAUGUAUUAAAGGAAUAGUUCACCCAA